AUGCCUCCUUUCUGUUCCCCACGCCUCUCCCUCUCAACUCCCUCUCUCCUCCCUCGCUCUUCCCUCGCUCCUCCCUCUCUCCUCGCUCUCUCCUCCCCUCUUCUCCCUUCUCCUACCUUCUCAUCCCCCUCACCUCCCCUCUUCUUCCUUCUCGUACCCUCUCCUCCCCCUCUCCUCCCAUCUCCUCCUCUCUCCUGCCCCGCUCCUCCCUCCCGUCUCCAUCCCUAUGCAGCCACUGAUGGCAGCAUGUGCACGCCACCUCAUAGAGGCACUCAGGUCUGUGUACCUUCCUUCAUGCCUCCCCUCUGUCCCCCAUACCCCUCCCUCUCCUUCAUAGAGGCACUCAGUCAGCAGGGAGUGACCCGUCCGCUGCUGCUCUGCCUGGGGCUCAAGAGUCACUCACAGAAAACUCUUAAGGCCAUCUUUACAUCUCUCCUCGACUCUCGGUUUUGGAUUCCAUCUGCUUUAGCAUGA